CGGCCGCAUUAGCCUAAUAAAAUCGCUGCAAGGCCAUCACUGUUCAUUAUAACUCAUUAGUACAGACCUCACGCAUCACUACUACAACUUGCACGGCUCGCACACAUCGCUACGCAACAAUGGAGCUCACCCAAGACCUGCCACCGCAGUACGAGGAAAGGAUGCUAGCAGCUAAGUUAGAUUGCGACCGCGGUCAAGGUCAAGGAGACGCCUGCCACGCCGUCGGCGAGUUUUUGUCGGUUGUGAAGAACGACCACGUCGGAGCGAGGAAGCAGUUCGAGCGCAAUUGUGGGAAGGGCCACGGCGCGUCGUGCUUCGCUCUUGGUAGGUUGUUGCUCGGCGGCAAGGGCGGUUCUACUGAUGAGAAAGGCGGCGAACGCGUUCUAAAGAAGGGCUGCGAUUUGGAACACGCGCCGAGCUGCCACCACCUCGGCCUGCUUGCGUUCGGUCGAGGCGACGAAAGGACGGGCAAGAAACAUCUGGACAAAGCGUGCACGAAGGGCCUGGCCCAGGCCUGCCACGUGCUCGGCGGUGCUUUAUUGAGACCGGGUUCCUCCAGGAAUGCCGUGAAGGCGAAAGAUUACCUCGAGACCGCGUGCGCCGACGGCCACGCGCCGGCCUGCCACAACUUGGCGGUCAUGUUCCGCAAGGGCGACGACGGCGUGCCCGCCGAUCCGCAGUUGUUCGAAAGGUAUGCGAAGCGGACGCGCGCACUCGUCGAGGCGGCGGGCGCGGCGCGGGGUGUGCGCGUCGCUUGAUCUGACUAAUGUGGUGUUGUAC